AUGCAAUACGAUAAUGGUUCGCCGGGACUCAAUAUUCGACCACCUCCUGCUCAGGAAAACAGAAUGAUGGGGACCUAUGACCCAAAUUAUCAAACAUUAGCCGGUUUGAACAACGACGAAGUAUUUAAGCCGAAGGCUGGAGCACCUGCAGCUCCGAAUGCAGUUCCGAAUGCCGGCAAUGUGAACAUCAGACCUCCAGCAGAGAAUAAAAUGAUGGGAACUUAUGAUCCAAACUAUCAAACGCUAGCCGGAAUGAACAACGAAGAUGUAUUCAAACCAAAGGGUGGAGGUGACAUGGCCGCAGGCGGAGGAGGAGGCGGUAACAUUAGGCCUCCACAGCAGAACAGAAUGGCAGGCACUUAUGAUCCCAACUACCAAACCUUAGCUGGAAUGAACAACGACGAUGUUUUCAAACGAAAGGUUUGUGACGCUUUAUGCGUUUCUGGGUUGGGACUCUAG